AUGGAUCACGAAGCGACUCUGGAUCGUUGGAAGCGCUUCACCUAUGUCGAUAAUCUCCCAGAAGACAUUAGCUACUUUCGCAACCUUUUAGAAAAAUAUAGCAACAUACCACCUGAGGACAUUGAUUGCUUACUUCUUAGGACGCGUGAGAGGCUCUGGGAAGUGGCCAUGUACCCAUGCAUUGGCCGAUGGAGCUUUCUCAAUCUGCAAAGUGUACACGACCCUCAUUUUUACACUGUAGUCCAGCGAUUGAGAGAUUCGGCCGCUUCUGGUGCCGAAUCAAGCUACCCAGAAGCGCUCCUCGAUAUUGGAUGCUGUGUUGGCCAGCUAUUACGAAAACUGGUGCACGAUGGAAUUGACCCAACGCGCCUCUUUGGUACAGACCUGCACCCUGAAUUCAUUUCAAUAGGCGCAGAGCUAUUCCGCGACGAAGGCUGUGGUUUAACUUUUGCGGCCGGCGAUAUGUUAGAUCCGAGAGAUGAAGAUCUGAACAUUUUAGACGGUAAAAUCACGCUUGUGCAUGCAGGAAAUUUCUUCCAUUUAUUCACAUGGGAAGAGCAAGUUGUCAUCGGGAUGCGAAUAGUACGCUUCCUGCAUCCAGGAACCAUUGAUGCAAUAAUCUUCGGUAGACAGAUCGGGAGUCACAACCCAAGAGAGAGGCAGGGAGGAAGAAAGUCAUUUUUACAUAACGAGGAAAGCCUGCAGCGACUGUGGAAUGAGGUUGGUGUGAAGACGGGGACUCGUUGGCGAGUGCAGAUGAAUAUUAAUGAGGAGAGAGUGGUGGACAUUCCUGGAUUUGGAGUGGAGGAUCGAUACGUCCGUUUUGGCAUUUAUCAAUUUCCAUUACGGAAGGCAGGAACAGCUACCGCCGACACAUGA